AUUCAUACAUGGUCUAAGAUGCCUGACAUAGCGAAGCCUGCGCCCAAGAAGGGCUCCAAGAAAGCGGUGGCCAAGGCCCCCGGUAAGGGUGGAAAGAAGAGGAGAAAGUCCAGGAAGGAGAGCUACGCCAUCUACGUGUACAAAGUGCUGAAGCAGGUCCACCCCGACACCGGGAUCUCCUCCAAGGCCAUGGGCAUCAUGAACUCCUUCGUGAGCGACAUCUUCGAGCGCAUCGCCGGUGAGGCCUCUCGUCUGGCUCAUUACAACAAGCGCUCCACCAUCACCUCCAGGGAGAUUCAGACCGCCGUCCGCCUGCUGCUGCCCGGGGAGCUGGCUAAACACGCCGUGUCUGAGGGCACCAAGGCCGUGACCAAGUACACCAGCUCCAAGUAA